UUCAGUUUGGUAUCAGAGACACCCUUCCCCUUCUCCCUCAGCUCCGAUGGGAGGCUCCGAUGACGAGGCCUCGCCUUCCCGGCACCUAGCCAAUACCUCUGUUCAGCUGCUUCCCUCUCCUCCUACCACCGACGGCAACUACGUCACGCGCUACAUCAAGUUCAAGCUCGACGCCGAGGUCGGCAACUACAACAAGUGGCACAACUUCUUCCUCUUCGUCCUCACCAAGUACAACGCCCGCGACCAUGUCGAGGAAGAGACGGGAUCCACACCUCGCCAAUGCGGAGUGGCGCGCCACCGAUGUCGACAUUGUUCUCUGGAUCUACACCACCAUCUCUGAUGAACUUCAAGAUGUCAUUCUCCAGGCCGACAACACCGCCUACACCGCGUGGCAAGCUCUCCAGCACUUCUUCACCGAGAACGCCGCUGGCCGUGAGAUCCACCUCGACAAAGAGUUCCACAACAUCAAGCAAGGCGACAUGGGAGUGAUCGCCUACUGCCGCAAGCUCAAGAGCAUCGCUGACCAGCUCGGCGACGUCGGCGCCCCCGUCACCGACAAAAAGCUCACCAUGCGCCUCAUCGACGGGCUCGCCAAGCGUUUCAGGACCCAGGGUGAGCUACUAGCGGGAGGCACCACCUUCCCCACGUUUAUGCAGGCACAAUCUCGUCUGCAACUCGCGGAGCAGAAGCUGAAGUCCGAUGAGGCUGAGACGCCCCAGGUCAUGCACGUCAACGGCAACAACGGCGGUACCGGCGGGAACGGCGCUCCUUCGUACCGCUUCAACGGCACCUGCUACACGUGUGGUGAACUGGGCCACAUGGCUCGCAACUGCACACGUGGAGAUCGCGGCGGUGGGUACCAGGCACAAGGCGGCGGGCAACAGUUUAACGGCCGUGGCGGCGGCACUCAACAGUACAGCCAUCAGACGUACGACACACCUCCUCCCUACGGGCGAGGGCGCGGUCGCGGUCGCGGUCGUGGGCGCGGUGACUACGGCGGCCGUGGCGCCUACAACCCUGGGUUCGGCUACCACAACUCCUCGUACGGCUACGGUGGGCCCCCUCCUGCACAACAGCAUCGUCAGCACACCCGGGCGCCGCCAAACGCCGCCGGCGUCCUCGGACCCCGCCCGGGCGCCCACACCCAGGUGUACCACAUGUACCAGAAUCCGGCUCCACCUCAGCCGCAGCCCGUGUUCGCGCCUCCUCCAGCUGCCUCCUACGACUACUCCGCCAUGUUCAACGCUGCACCAAGCAACUCCACCAACUUCCAUCCCGGCGGCGACUGGGUGAUGGACACCGACGCCACCACGCAUGUCACCAACAGAAUCUUACCUCGUCUCAUUCUUUUGCAAACGUUAAUUCUAGCAGUAUUGUUGUUGGCAAUGGGACGACUAUGCCUAUCUACUCUGUUGGCUCCACAACUCUCCCACCCCGCUCCUUCCUCCUUGAUCAUGUCCUUGUUUCUCCUGCCGUCAUUAAAUCUCUUAUUUCUGUUCGCAAGUUUUCUCGUGACAACUCCUGUUCCAUUGAGUUUGGCCCUUAUGGCUUUUCUGUGAAGGACCUAGCAACUCAGAAUCUACUUCUUCGGUCCAGUAGUAGCGGCGAUCUGUACCCUUUUUUGGCGAUCUCCGGCGCACCAACACGGCCUUGACGGUCUCCACUACCCGUGACUUGUGGCAUCGACGGCUUGGGCACCCUAGUGAUGAUAGUCUCUCAAAAAUGUCUCCUGCUUUUCCUUCUCCAUGUAAUAAAAGUAGUAGCACACCUAGCAUUUGUGAAGCUUGCCAACUUGGACGGCAACCUAGACUUCCUUUUUCCUCUUCCACUAGCUUUACUAUCUCUCCCUUUCAGCUUGUUCAUUGUGAUUUAUGGACGUCACCACUUUGUAGAUUCUCUGGAAAUAAAUAUUAUAUUGU